UUCUUCCCUCCCUAACCAGCAUCGGUCUGAUGCCAUUUCCCAUGUGAUUCUUUCUUCUCUCUUGUAUUACCACAGACACAGACUUGUGGGACCGAAUAAACCAACCAACCAACCAACCAACCAACCGUAGGAAUCGACAGGUCGUAUGAUACAUUUGAUUGCUAACUCUAUUCCCGCAGUCGAAGCAGCACAUGGUGGUGUGGCACCGCACGGAUAGAUGAUGAUGAUGCCUCUCGAUCAUUUUCUUGUAGAUGAUGCGUAUGCAGAUGAAUCCAUGAGGAGGUGUUGGGGAACGGCAACGAAAGCAAGCAGCGCAUCAUCUUUGAACCCCCAAAGCAAAACAGAGUUCUUCUUCACCGACAAGCAUUUACGACGAGUAGCGCAAAGGAGGAAAACAUCCUCAAUGCUACUCGGCAGGUAGGAACAUUGAGGAGGGGUGCGAGUGACCCCAAAUAUUAUUCUUCUUCCAGUGCGGAUGAUGGGAAAGCUUCGAAUCCUCUGCUGACUUUUGUCUGACAUCUGUCGCCAGCAUGCCUGCUGAUGAGAGCUACGACCACCGGCAGAGGAAUCUUUGGUACAUGUAGCCUCGUCGUAAGUUGCGUGUCUCCAGGGAGAGGGGAGAGGGGAGAGGGGAGAGGGGAGAGGGAAUUCCACCGCCACAGCCACAGCCACAGCCACAGCCACAGCCACAGCUGAUUGAGAUGCCCAUGAUUUCACCGCCAUCCAUCAUCGCCCCCCGAUAACAGAGAUCUGCUUCUAAACACCGAAUGAUGCCUCCCUCCCCCUCGUUCUCAAUUACACUGAUGCUGACCACAGAUUUCUUGCAAAUCCGGAACUUAGUUCAUCAUCGUCACGACUUGGGAUUGUUUUGGGUGUGGAGGAGACUCGGAUGCAUCUGCCGAACAAGAGAGAGAAGUCAGGAAAUUAUUCUCAAACAGGGAGGGACUAUGGUGUUGCCACAGUGUCAAGUCAACGUUGUACUAUGUUUCGAGCGGUACGAACGAUGUAACUUCGUACGAGCGACGGUGAGGGCUCCAAACGUCGAAGAACACACAUGCGGUCGUGCCCUAAACACGCCUGUGAUCUUACUGAUCCACGAAAAUUAACCAAGUAUGUCAAGUGUCGUAGAAGAUCCGUGACCUAACGAGGGGAUGGAAAAUGGCGUGCAUGAAACGAACGAAGAGCAUGUGAUGUUAGGAUUUGGAAUGAGUUGCAGACAUAAUGGUGGCAUCAUUGCGUUGCAUAAUGGGAGGAAGAAGAAAGGGCUGCCUGCUUCUUGGCAUCAUUGCAUCGAUUCUCUCUCUCUCUCUCUACCCUGAGCUAUAAAUGCAGCCAAGCUUUAGCUCUUGCGCUCACCCACACACACACCCUCUCUCUCUCUCUCUCUCUCCCUCUCUCUUUCUUAUAUGGAUCUCCAAAUCUCUUUUCCGUCUCUUGGUGGUACCCUUGACAAAGCGCUUCGUGUCUGUAUGCGUCCCAAAGUUGGCAGCAGUGUUUGCUCUGCACGCAUAAGGAGAGCUCACUGAGCAGAAGAAGACACGAGGAGGCGAGAGGCCGACUCAACUGUAGAAAGUUCACACUUGCAACAGUUGCUUCGUUGGGAGAAAAAGGCUUCUUCGUGAUCGUCGGACGUAGGAGGAAUCUCCAGAGGGCAUCGCAUCGUUUCGCUUCCCCACCCCUCACUGCUCCGCCUGGCCGUGGACUUGGUCACCAGAGCCUGAGGCCUGAGGGAGACCGCCAUGGGAAAAGGAUUCUCUUCUCAACUCUGCGUUUGGUGAGCUGAGCUGAGCUUAGCAGUGCUCUGGAUUUGGUUCCCACUCAUAUCUGCCUCCUCUUCUUGCGUGAUGUUAUGUCAAGUGUCUUGGAACCACUAUCCACACAUACCACCUUGUCCUCUUCUCGCUUGUCCCUCUGGUUCUGCUACAUAAGAGAAGCUCCUUCGUUCCUGUUUAGCUUGUCAUUCUCUUUUGACCCAUUACACACUCACUGUCUCUGUCUCUGUCUCUGUCUCUCUCUCUCUCCCAUCUCAUGCAUCCAUGCCAUCCGUGUCACCUCCCUGCCAGUGUUUGCAGCUGAGGCCGCAUCUCUCGAACGCCAUCAAGACUAGAUUUUGAACGAGGAGAUCCAAUCUCGCCCUACUUUGUUUGCUUUCCGACUCUCAUCCGCUGGAUGAUUAGGAUAAAAGAGAUGGAGAUGAGUGAGAAAGGGUCGACUCCAUCCCGUGAGGACGACUGCUGAUCGCCUGAACCACCCUUCCCAGCAUCCAAAUAUUUCCCUGUCCUUCGAUUCCCAUGUUCGAUUCCUUCGUUCCUAUGGCUUCCGAUGAGAACCUCACCACGAGCUUCGUCAACCGCAUUCCGAUUGGAAAACCAGUGGUCAUGUCCGCCAGGGGGCUGUUCUUCCCCUCUGAUUCCGCCUUCGUCGAACGGGCUGCCAUGUUUUCGCACGCCGGUGGCCACUUCAGCGGCAUCAUCAACUCCUUCGCUUCGUCUCAACCGGUGGUGGCUCCUUGCGCUGAUAUCUCCAGGGAUGUCAUAGGAUCUCAGCUUCAGAAGAUCACGCUGACCGUAUCCGAAGCCAAAGAUGCAUCGCUCCCGCUCCCUCUGGACCAUGAAUCGACGAGUGGGAGUCCAAUCAAGAACCAGAGGAACAAAGCAAGCGCCCAUCUCACCGGAGGUAGCCAAGAAACACGCACCGCUUCAGCAGGUGCACCAGGGGAGUCGUGUCCGAGUGAUCUCGGCGCAAAGAAGAGAAAAACCAUCGAUCCGGUGAGCCGCUCCUUGUUUGGUUCCGCUGUCCCGACGCUCGUAAUCAUUCACGAACACCACCUGCUCCAGGACAAGGAAAGGGGUGAGCGAGCACGAAGAUGGCCACGAUCAUCGUCGAGGAACGCAGCAGAGGGCACCGAAGCCAAACAAAAACAAGAGCCGAAACACGUCGACGAUGGCUCGGAGAUGCCCAAGGAGGAUUACGUUCACGUCAGAGCUCGGCGUGGACAAGCAACCAACAGCCACAGCAUCGCAGAAAGAUUGCGAAGAGAAAGGAUAAGCGAAAGGAUGAAGUAUCUGCAAAACCUCGUUCCCGGCUGCAGCAAAGUCACAGGGAAAGCAGUGAUGCUGGAUGAGAUCAUAAACUAUGUUCAGUCACUUCAACAGCAAGUUGAGUUCCUCUCGAUGAAGCUUGCGGCUGUCAAUGCUGAACACAACUACGCCAUGGAAGGGCUUGUUGCAAAAGAGAUGCAUUCCUGCGAUGACACUUUGUCAGCAGCUGGAUUGCCGCAGGAGAUGAUGAUGAUACAUCCACAGCUACACCCAUCAUCUCAACAGUAUGUGGUUCCGGGUGGGAUCUGUAGCAUGAUGCAGGGUUCCUGGGAGGAAGAACUCAGCGCUGCCAUGAAGCUGACGCGCGGUACUUGUCCGCCCAUCAAUGCUCAAGAUGAUGGUGGGAAGCCUUGUGAUGAUUUCACCAUGUAGGCAGGACUGCAUGCGACGAAUGCCUUAUUGCCCAAUUUUUGAGCUGACAUCCGACACUCGCUCAUGUUUGGUUUCAAGCUUCCUCCUAAUGCUGGUAAAAGCAAUUGUUACUGUGUGCUUGUGUGACUUUGAAGAUGUGUCGAAGAAGGAUGGAUGCAAGCCGCCGGUGACAGCAUCCCCUGUUGUAUGAAUUGAAUGAAUGUAGGCAAUCGAUACUUAUGAGUGAACUGUUUGAAGA